UAGGCUACAGUAGGUCAUUUUUCAUUGUUGCAACGCCGAUGACGCUGAUGGAAGGAGGCUGGAUUGGAGGGCGCGCACGGACGUAACGGAGACACCGCAGACGCAAAUUGAGAGAGGGAGGAGAAUGGACAAGGGAUAGGCUAUACGUAACUAGAACCUCAGUUGUAGCAGCGAGGAUAAUCUACCACAGUAACAUCAAUAUGCGGGACCAGGCCUGAUAAGAGAAUAGCCUAUGCCUAUGGAUUAAAUACCAAAUUUGGUUGACAAUUUUUUAUCAGCUGCAAUCAGUCUUUCGACGCUGUGUCCCUUGAUACAUUGUCGCAACAUAGUUUCUAUUUUCAAGCAAUCAUUUUAGAAACAUUUUGCGCUAAGACGACUGAUCGCAGCUCAGAUCCUGCAAUUUAAACAUAAAUAAAUGUUAUAGGCUAUUAUUUUGGUCACGAGCUGCAUCCACUGUUGUGGCAAUGUCGAAAACCCGGUGAGUUUAACCGUGGCUUAUAGUGGAGUUCUGUGGCUUCCGUAGCUACGGUACUGCCUGGUUUGAGACCUCUUUCCUGCGAUGUUCACACAAAUACAAGUUUCCUGAUAAUCGGACUGUUCUACCCAGACCAUAGCCACAAUUCUAAACCAAUAGAAAGUGAGUGGGCUUACCAGGAGAGGAGAGGAAUACGGCUUUCCUGCAGCUCAACACACAGUGAUCAUGUCUUCCAGGGAGCGUCGGUCAGACCUAUACAUCAAGGCAGAGCCCAGCAGUCCAGAGGGAGGUGGAGGAGGCCGGGCCAGCCCAGGGGGAGCCUCCUCAGACUCCUCACAGAGUGGUGGAGGAGGGACAAGAGGAGACGGGGUUGGGCGCUACUCACCCCCUCUGUACACACCGGGCCUGCGCUGCCACUUCAAGGAGGAGGGUGCUGAUGGGGCGGAGGAGGGAUCCACAGGUAGCGGAGGAGGGCGGUGCAAGUAUGCCCUGAGCACGCUACCCAAGAGACUGUGUUUAGUGUGUGGAGACGUAGGGUCUGGCUACCACUACGGUGUAGCCUCAUGUGAGGCAUGCAAGGCCUUCUUCAAGAGAACCAUCCAGGGUAACAUUGAAUAUAGCUGUCCGGCGUCAAACGAAUGUGAGAUCACCAAGAGGCGCAGAAAGGCUUGCCAGGCAUGUCGCUUCACCAAGUGCCUUAAAGUAGGCAUGCUGAAAGAGGGAGUCCGUCUGGACCGGGUCAGAGGAGGGAGGCAGAAGUAUAAAAGGCGCCCAGAGGUGGAGAAUGCGACCUACCAGAGUGCCCCUCUACCGCUUAGGAAGGAAGGGGAGAAAGGCUCCUCCAACAUCAUCGUGUCCCACCUCCUGGUGGCAGAGCCAGAGAAACUGUUUGCCAUGCCUGACCCCCUGCAGCCUGAUACGGCUCAGCGCACACUCACCACCCUCUGUGACCUCGCGGACCGCGAGCUGGUCGUCAUCAUCGGCUGGGCCAAACACAUCCCCGGCUUCCUGUCGCUGUCCCUGGCAGACCAGAUGUCGGUGCUGCAGUCCGUGUGGUUGGAGGUGCUGGUGCUGGGUGUGGCCUUCCGCUCCCUGGGCUGUGAGGAUGAGGUAGUGUUCGCUGAGGACUUUGUCCUUGACGAGGAAAUGUCCCGCGUGGCUGGACUGACAGAGCUCAACGCAGCCAUCAGCCAGCUGGCCCGACGCUUCCGCUCCCUGCAGCUUGACCGGGAGGAGUUUGUCAUGCUCAAAGCCAUCGCACUCACUAACUCAGACUCUGUGUACAUAGAGGACAUGGAGGCGGUGCAGAAGCUGAGGGACCUCCUCCACCAGACCCUGUUGGAGAUGGAGUGCCAGCGACGCCCCGAGGACCCCCAGCGGGCGGGGCGCCUCCUCCUCACCCUCCCCCUCCUCCGCCAGACGGCUGGUCGCGCCCUCACCACCUUCUACAGCAUCAAGACCCGAGGCGGCGUGCCCAUGCACAAACUCUUCCUAGAGAUGCUGGAAGCCAUGAUGGACUCGCCCUAGAGAGAAGGGAGGAUGAGGAGAAGUCAAGGAGAGCGGAUGCAAGGCCACGAUGAGAGACAGGCAUGGCUGGCUGGUGUGAAUGGAGAGGUUAUUAUUAGAUUUUGAUAAUGAAGAAUGUGGAGAUUAUCUCUGGAUUUUUUUGCAUAGCCUCUUCGGAGAUUCAAAAUUGUGUUAAAAAAACGGAGAAAACAUGUAUACAUGUUGUAGAUGCCCUCAGUGGAGGUUGAUGGUGGAGUUUAACUCCUUAAUACCUGACUGCCAAACUUCAUUGAAAGAGUCCAAGACUUAGUCAGCAUGAAAAUGGGAAGAAACUCAAUGAAAGACAUCCAAUAAAUUUGAAUGUCAGAAUCAUAUUAGAUUUCCACUAUCCCUAAGGUUUUUCAUUUGUAGCAUUAUCCACUGGGCACAGACGUCAAUUCCACGUCUAUUCCAUGUUGGUUCAACGUAAUUUCAUUGAAAUGAUGUGGAAACAACGUUGAUUCAACCAGUGUGUGCCCAGUGGGUAAUCUUCACAUCAGAAACUACUGAAGGACUGCAGUUAGAUAUCUAAGACCAGACUGUAACCUUGUGGCUUAGUCUUGAUUGUGAAAAAUGCAAUAUCUCCCUCCACACAAAAGUCAUACUAAAAUACAGGCAAAGAAACAACCAUUUACAAAGACUUCAGUAUAGGGUCAGACCAACAUGCACCCAGAAGAGUAGUACACAGACACACAGUCUUACAAUUUACACAUAGGAAUUACUUGCAAUAUUUUUAAAGCCAUACAAUACUUUACAUACAAAAAAAAGAAUAGUGUUGACUAGGCAAUGACUGGCUAUAUGUAUAGACCUGGGUGGCAGG